UCCUCUCCUCUCCUCUCCUCUACCCCCACCUCCUCCUACGGGGCCCGCCAUGCCUGUCUCUCGUCCCCGUCCAUGGUCGGCCAUCCUCUGGCCUUGUCUCGUCUGCCUCCUCUUCCUGGUCGCAUCGGUUUCUGCUCAGUCGUCUGCAAACAACACGGCUUCUAGCAAUUCCCAGUCCUCCACGCAAUCUCCUUCGCUUUCUCUCACGACCGGCUCUACGACUAUCACGACCACCGUACACUCGGGCAACACGAAUGUGCCUGUGGCCACGGUUGUCCCCACCACGUUCAACGUAACGGUGACCCCAAGCCCGACCUCGUCGCAGUCCACCACCACUGCUCCCGCGCAGACCACUUCCGCCGCUCCUGACUUUACCAAGCUCGAUACCCAUCUUGAUCCCGGGUUCGGUGUUCUUGGUGCGAUCCUCAUCCUCACUGGUCUCCCUAGCGCAUUCCUCGGCUAUAAAAACCGAUGGUCGUCCUUCUUCCUCAUCGGUUUCUACACCCUGUCGGUCGUAUGCUUCGUCCUCAUCCUCCGUUUUGGAGUUCUCCAAGCCGUCAACCCCCCUAACGCGACAUUGCGCGGCCUCUUCGUACUCUCCUCCGUUGUCGCUGGCAUAGCGGGCGGAGGAAUUGCCAUUUUCUUUUGGAAGGCCGCCAAGUACUUCACUGGCGCGUGGGGUGGCUUCGCGCUUGCCUUGUGGAUUCAAUGCUUCCGCAAUGGCGGCGUCAUUCACCCGCUUGGUUUCAGGUGGAUCAUGUAUAUCGUCGUGUCCGUGAUCGGCUUCGUGCUCUGCACCAUCCCGAAGCUGCAUUACUACAUUAUGCUCACGUCGACGGCGUUUGUUGGAGCGACGGCCUUCAUGCUAGGCGUGGAUUGCUUCACGACUGCCGGCCUUAAGGAGUUCUAUGUGUGGAAUAUCGGCUUCGAUUCGCUCUUCACCAAGUACACCCAGCAUGGAAUCCAGUUCCCUGUCACACAGAUCAUGGAAAUCGAGCUGGGUAUGAUGGGUGCCGUCGCCAUCAUGGGCAUCGCGGUGCAAUUCCAGAUCCUCAAGAUCCUCAUGCGCAAGAUGAAGGAAAUAGAGAUGGAGCGCAAGCGACAGGACCUGCAGGCGGAAGCUCGGGCGGCGGAGCGCUUCAAGGACCUCGAGGCGGAGAUGAGCGAGUGGGAGCGCACGCACCCGUCGUCGCUUGCCAAGCAUGGCCGCGCAGACAGCAACUUCUCCGGCUUGCCCCUCCUCGGUAAAGACGGGGCUCUCCUCGAUUCUCCCUCAGGAACGCCUCGGCCACGCUACCAGUCCGGGCUGUCCGAGUUCAUGGCAGCCCCCACCCCGGCUGAGGAGCUCAACCGUGCGGCGAGGCAGCAACCGCAGAGCACCGGUAUCCUCCCUACCCUAGACCUGGGCGAUGACAUCGAGGCGAACGUACCCGAGACGUUUAUUGUGAAAAAGGCCGACUCGAAUGAUUCGAGGCAGUCCAGGGCGCUCACUCCGGGAGAACUAGAUGACCUCAGGCGGCGAGAAGAACUCUUGUCCGAGAUCCAGGGCAUUCGUCGGUCCAUUGAGAUCUUGAGAGCAGACACUCCGGUUCCUAUCCCCUCCAGCUCGUCGGAGUCGCGUCACCCUUCGCAGUCGUCUCGGCAUCUCAGCCAGGAUCUCUCCGCCUUCGGUAUCCCUGCUCCCGCCCAUCUUCGCCCACCCCGCCAACGCGAUCCUCGCGCCCGUGUGCAGUCGAUGGAGCUCACGACCCUGUCCAAUGCUGACGCUGGUACCUCUAUCGGUCGGCCGACUAGCGCUCCUCUUCGCGACGACAACUGGGAGAUGUACCUGCACGAGCGGAAGCUCUUCCAGCCGCCCUCCGGUACUACCGCGCCUAUCGCUACGACGCCCAUGGCCUCUCCUCCGCCCAAGGUCCCCGUGUCGCCUGCUGUCGUAGAGGCCCUGAAGGAGCGUCAGCGACGCGAGAGUGCGCUCUCUGGUCAAGGUGAUCCCGCCUCAGCCAAAGCCUCCAGCGAAGACCUCCCGCUCGCUCUUCGUCCCCAGCACAGGAGGGCUACGUCUCAAGGCGGGAGCAUCCCGGUCACUAUCCUCCCCCCUAAACGCCCGGUUGCACAGCCCGCCCCGAAGAGCCCGGAGUCACCGGCCGCCCGGGUGAAGACGUUUGAGGAACUCGUGGAACGCCACCAAAAGAAGCUGCGGGAGCUACAGGACCCCAUCACGCAGGCGGAAAAGGAGCAGGCGGACAUCUCCAACGCCCGCGACCGAUGGCAGCGAGCGAAGAACGCGGAGAAGCAGUCGAUGGCCAAGCGUCAGGCGGAGAAGGAGCAGGCGGCGAAGAAGGAGCGCAAGUCGGGCGAGGGACGGCGCGGCGGCGCGGCUCUCGCUUCGCCGGAUAAGGACAAGGGGCACAGGCGGUCGCUCAGCGCGGACGUCCUCGCCAACGUCCCUGGAUCGGGCACGCCGUCGAAGCGCAUGUCGACGAUGAAGGUGGAGGACUGGCAGCGGCACCAGCUCGACGAGGACGCUGUUCCUGCGAGGCCGCUCGCGGGCGCGCACAACCGCCCGGGCUCGUCGUCGAUGGCGAGGCGGCAGUCUGGCGUCCCGUUCCCCGAGGCCGAGCGGGACAGGCGGCGGAUGUCGCAGCACCCCCGCGACCCGCUCAGCUGAACGGCGACGAGAAUGUUAAAUACGACGUCCGUGCACGGACACGAGUGAUAUCUGGAUAACCCUACUGGAGUAAUGUGUACCAUUCAACGACGACGAUGACCCUACGCUUGGACUGUACCCCUGCGCUCCUUACUUAUAUCCCGAGUAGUUACUGGCAUGCCCCUUGCAUUUUGUCUCAUGUUUCCCAUCAGCAUAUUCCGCUCGCAGUAGUCAGUAGCUUCGCGUGCACCAUUGGACACUCAUUUUGGACCGGACUUGGACUAGCGUACACCUCUCAUGUUGCAAUGAUAAUACCCUGUCGUCGUUUGUGGGCCCCACCCCCCCAGUACCCGCUCGCAUGGACGCGUAUCUGAGACAGGAGUGACAGAUGAGCUGCGCCGCAAGUACGACUGGCCCCCGCCCUAGUAUUAUUGUGUGCGUGCGAGAUAAGCUUUUACAUUUGG